AUGGAAGCGCACGGGGGUUUGACGCCUAGUAAUCUCUGGCAGCCUGGCGAAUUGGCACGACGCAUGAUGGGGGAGCGGCCGUCGCCUGUACCACCGACCAGAGAUCUGUGGCCUGCUGUGCAACAGCCACUAAGCAUAAGCACUUUGCACGUAGCCUAUUUAAAGGAUGAGGAUCUAUCACCGAGAAGAGCUUCUACUCUGCCACCUCAGCCCUAUACUCCUACAACCAUUCCCAUAGACCAUGACUAUAGACCAGGCAUGUGUACAGUCGGAACGAACACUGAACCACCUCCAUCUUUGUUCUCGAAAUUUAAACGACUGAUGAAAAGGGAAGAAAACGAGACAAUUGAGUUUCCACCCCACGUCGAGUUUACUGCUGUAAAUAGAGAAAGCACUUCGGAAUACGAAGAGUCCGCUUUAGAACGAGCGUUCAACAGCAUCAAGAAAGCUAUUACUGGAGCAAAGUAUCGUAUCGCGCCGCGCUCAGACACAGCAGACAGUCCUAAGAUUGUAUACGACACAUCCAAACCGGGUGACAGAAUGGUCACCACUUUUGGCGCCAGCGAACCCAGGAAGUGGUUCAAAAUGCCUUCCCGAUCUAGCUACACGCGACGGCUACGAGCCGUUGCCGACUGUUGCCAAAGAACACCUAGGCGUCCCCCCAGGCGUAACGAGCAACCGAGAACAUUGCAGAUCACACAGGUGUGA